GGGAGGGGACAUUUGACUCUGAAGUGUGUGCGUGGUGUUGUGUUUGGUGCAUCGCCUUGUCCUUUCUUCUACACGUGAAUUGCAAUUUACACAGUGUAUUGUCAGUUGUGGUGGCAGCAAAAGAGGAGAGUUUGCAUCUGAGUGUAGGGACAGUGAGUGUCUGAAGUGCUUCAGGGAGGGAGACCUGAAUUGGUCAACCAUGGGUUUCCGAAAGAAGAACAAGAGCCCACCGGUGCUGAGCCACGAGUUCGUUAUCCAGAAUCACGCAGAUAUGGUUUCGUGUGUGGCUAUGAUCAUUCUUCUCGGCCUGAUGUUCGAGGUGACAGCAAAGUUUGCCAUCAUGUUCAUCACUGUCCAAUACAAUGUUACUCAAAAUCUUGAAGAGGCGAUUGAGCCAGUGAAUCUCUACCAGUACGGUCCUAAAGACAUAGCCACGGUGUUCUUCUAUCUGCUCAUCGCUGUCAUUCUCCACGCCUUGAUACAGGAAUACAUUCUCGAUAAAAUGAAUCGGCGGUUGCACCUGUCAAAAACCAAACACAGCAAGUUCAAUGAAUCGGGACAGCUUGCUGCAUUCUACUUAUUCUCCUUCAUCUGGGGCUGCAGCAUCUUAACAGCGGAGGAAUUUGCAACAAAUCCUACUUUUUUAUGGGAGGGCUACCCACACAGCCACAUGGUCUUUCAGGUGAAGUUCUUCUAUAUUUGCCAAAUUGCCUACUGGCUCCACGCCCUUCCUGAGCUGUACUUCCAGAAAGUGCGAAAGGAGGAUAUACCCCGCCAGCUGUAUUACAUUUGCCUUUACGUCUUCCACAUCACUGGUGCCUACAUCUUAAACCUCCACCGUCUAGGCCUAGUGCUGCUGGUGCCUCACUCCCUGGUGGAGCUCCUCUUCCACGCCUCACGGCUCUUCUACUUCAGUGACGAGAACAAGCAGAAGGGUUUCACUCUGUGGGCGCUACUUUUCGUCAUCGCUCGCCUCCUCACCCUCACCCUUUCUGUCCUGACUUUCGGCUUCGGACUGCCCCGGGUACAGAACCAGGGAUUCUCCCUGGCAGAGGGCAACUUCAAUGUGCUCACUGUUAGGAUGACAUGCCUCGCUGCCAUUUGCCUCACGCAGGCCUGGAUGAUGUGGAAAUUCAUCAACUUCCAGCUAAAGAAGUGGAGGGAGCACAGCCAGAGUCAGGCCACCAAGAAGAAGGCUGUUAGCCCAAAGAGCAAGCCCCACAAGAAGGAUCCAACACGGGGAGGUUCUGCCAACGGUGUGUUGAAGUCUGACGACAAGACAUCCCCCCGUGCCAGAAAAACCUUGUAGAGAUGGAGGGAUGGAGCAGAGAACUGAGGGGGCUUCUUUCAAUGUGACAUUCUGUCUUUUCACCACAUUAAUCAUGUUUUUUCCCAAAACAACCACUUAAAGCGCACGAGGAAACCUUAACUGUGAGGUUAGAACAUUUCUUCAUGUCUUAGUUGGUUUUGAUGACCUGGUGUGUUUGUGUUCAGUUGUUAUUUUUGUGAGUGGGAUGUAGACAAACUAGGGGUUGGUUAAAUGCUUUAAGUCAAGGGUUCCCAAAUUUGGUGACCCACCAGUUGAGGUGAAUUUUUAAACAUUAGCCACAAAAAAUAUUUUGAAGGUAAAAAAAGAUAUACACCAACCAAAGAAUAAGUAAAAGUAAAUAGUGUCGUCUUCAAAACAUAGAUUUGGGGGUGGCAUAUUUUAAGAGCAAACUGAUUUAUUAGUAAAAAAUAAUAAUUGAUUGACUAUUAAAUUAUUUGUGAAAAUAGCAUUCAGUGGUAGGGCUGUUUUCAAUGGGUUGAAUUUAGUUUGUGCCCUGGGCAAAAACAUUUUACACCUUCAUCAUAUAAAAAAAUAUGUUAUCAGUUUUUGAGCAGAUUUCCUAUAAUUCUAUGAAUUUUUGCAGCUAAUGCUGUGGUCUUAUGCUCAAACGAUAUAGAAAAAUCAAUGGCAGUUUAAUUUUUUUUGUGUUUGUAAAUUCUUAAAGAUUAUACAUUAUAUUUAAAGGGUAGCUGAAUUGAAAAACGAAACUUCUCUUCUUGAACUGGCUAUAUGGCGGUGUUACGGAGUCCGAAGCAUGUUUUCUAGUAUAAACAUUUACUACAAAGUGUAAAUAGGAUUUUAGUCUUGAAAUAAUUUUUGUCUUGAAAUCAGUCCUGUCCAAAACUGAAUUUUGUAACACUUGUAAUGGAAUUCACAUCACAAUGUAUAUGAGGGUUGGGUUUUGUUUUCAGUAAUGUGCAUUUACCCAAUAACAUGGGACGAACAGCUACAAUGAGCUGGUCACUGGCACAGUGAGAUACCUGCCUAGCACCCUGAACUUUAACAUAAGUUGCAAAUGUUUCUACUUAAGAAAUACUGCACCAAACACCUUACCUUAUGACAACCUGAUAUCCUCUGCACUAUUCGUUCAAAAUUUUAGUCUGUGACUCCUUCCAUUUGCAGUUGUUUAGGUGAUGUCAAAAUCAGGGAUGUUGUAUGAAACAAAAGUUAUCAACAAUUAGAUCAUCUUGAAGUAAUCAGUAUUGAAGCCAAUGCUGAAGUUUCUGAAAAUAUUGCUUUACCCACAUUAGUUCUGCCAUUGGUCCAACCAAUUGGUUUUUGGGACCAAUUAGACAACCUGUUGUUUCUUCAACCAAUCAGAGUUUUUUGCAAGUGGUUUUUGCAGCUUAUAUCUUCCCUCUGGGAUGUUUGAGAUUUAUUUUGUUUAUUUUGAAGAAACGUUAGUGACUUCCUGAAUAUGAGGACUCAUAUUAAGGAAGUCAUGAAUAAAGACACAACUGCCUUUUUAAACUCAUGUUUUUCUUUAAUGAAUAAAGAAAAACAUACAUAAUCGGUGCCAUCAAUCGCUUUAAAAAAUAUAUACUCUAAGUCAAUAGAUCCUUUUUUGCAUACUUUGUUUGGUUUUAGCAAUGUUACUUUUACAUGCUUCCUUUCCAAAAAUGUAUUUAAGUAUGUACAAACCAAAAGGAACCCUGCCAAAGUUUGGGAACCCAAGGUUUAACUGGAUGAUCAUUUGUCAAAGUGUCUAUCUUGGAUAGGAAUUUUCUGUACCCAGUUUGUCAGUGUCUGUUCAGUCAAACCUGGUUUUAUGAAGAAGUCCAAUUUGCACAACAAGUGUGCAUUUCAGGAUUCAUGUUCUCGUCAAAAGCCUUUUUCUUAGUUUUUGUUUUUGGUUGAAUAGGGUUUCUGUUUCUGUUUUAUUGUAUGUAUUGUUACCUACCUUUGCCUUAUGAAAUCUGUGCUAUACAGGGGUUGAGGGCAUUGUUAGUUGUUAGUCAUUAGUAGCCCUGUCUCACAUCAGAUUUAUCAACUCACCAUGAGACAUCAUGUGACUCAACCGGUCCUUGUCCAAAAGUCUUAACUUCAACGGGAGAUGGUCUUUAUCCAUGCAGUUAUAUAUUUAGAUAUAGCAAAUAAUGCAUUGAAGUUGAGAAUUUGUGCAGGAUUUCAGGUGAAAUUUGUGUUUCAGUUCAGGAUUUCAAUCCCCAAUUUGAUUAUCUUCAUUUAUUAACAAUGCUAAUAAUUUAUACAUUGGUGUUAUAGAGUUGAGCCUAAAAGGUCAUGGUUUGAUUUUAGGUUUGCAUCUGCUAAAAGCAUUCAGUGGCCUUUUUUCACAUCCGCUCAAAGAGUUUUGAGUUCUUUAUUUCAAUCUCUUUUUUUAAUCAUACAUUGGCAACUCUAUAACCAGCAAAGACAAGAGGUACAAAGCGAAGCGCUUUCAGUCUCAACCCAAACGAUACAAUCCUCCUUUAAGUGUCCUUAUAAUGUCAGUGGCACAAGCCAUGAAAUUCUCCUCGGGUUUCCUUUUUUGUUUAUGUUUACCUUUUUUAUAUUGGGGUGUAUGGAUGCAGACAGCUGCCUCCAAAGACACUCCCUUAUUAUACUGUACAUCCCAUUCUCAGAUGGGAGAGGUGGGGUUGUGUGUGUGUGUGCAUGUUUGAACCAGUGUGUUUGAGCGUGCGUGUUUGUACCAGUGUGUUUGAGCGUGCGUGUUUGUACCAGUGUGUUUGAGCGUGCGUGUUUGUACCAGUGUGUUUGAGCGUGCGUGUUUGUACCAGUGUGUUUGAGCGUGCAUGUUUGUACCAGUGUGUUUGAGCGUGCGUGUUUGUACCAGUGUGUUUGAGCGUGCGUGUUUGUACCAGUGUGUUUGAGCGUGCGUGUUUGUACCAGUGUGUUUGAGCGUGCGUGUUUGUACCAGUGUGUUUGAGCGUGCGUGUUUGUUCUAACCAGUGUGUAGUUAUUCCUGUGAUCAUACCUACUGUGUGCGUUUAUAAGGGAGUGAAAGCUCUGCAUCAGUCAUGCUUUAUCGUCGUUGUUUUGUUUAUGGUCAGGGUGAUUCCAUGUGGCAUUAUGGAAUUCAACAGAACAAGUUUAUUGAUUUCCCUUGUUUCAUUUUUUAAAACUUUCUUUGUGAAAUUAAUUUUAAAAGGCUUUUGUAAUGAAGACAAUGAGUGGUAACUGAUUAUAUUUUAUAUAAAUUCUUAGUUACUCAAUGCUUUCAGCCCCUGACCUUUUCUUAAGUCCUGUCCUGUGUGAAAGAGAUUCUGUGACUUCUGUUUGCCAAAUCUGGGGUUACGGAUGUCGUCUUGCUCCACCUUUCCAGUGAUUUGGACAUUGCCAUUGGACAGAUGUUUACGCUGUUUUCCCAGAUGGGACAGGUUACCAGUGUGAAUAUGUAUGGAGAGAUUCCAGGAGUCUCUUGGUAGCCUGAUCUCAGAUGGUUUUUUGCUUUGCCACAUGACUUUCAUUAAAUUUGGCUGAAGCAAAUACUGAUCUGAAAACAGGCUACAUGUUUGGUAGGUUGAGUGGAAUCAUUUGGCAGGAAGUAUUUGAGGAAUCACAACUUAAGUUCAGUCCUUGUGCUGCUCUGUCUGAAACUUAAGUCGAAAGCGUGCAGGACUUCAGUUCUGUUUUUAAUCUGUUAGAUGGCCCUGUCUUAGGAGGAGAAGAGGAGCACUUUUAUACCAGCCUGUAACUUUACUGUGUCUCAUGGUGUUUAAAAGAAAGACUAUAUGAAUCUAAUGCUACACUGUUCUCAAAAUACUUGUCAGAUUUUUAAGCUAUUUUUAUAGAGUUUAAAAACACAAAAUAUUCAGUAAUAUUCAGCACACAUAAAUGAGUAUUAUUUUGCAUCUGUAUUGGUAUGAGUUGUUUUUAUACAUGAAAAGAUAAAGCUUGCUUCCCUUUAAGUCAGAGUGCACAUUUCAGUGCAAGUGAACUAGUCAUAGUUCCACUAUUGCAUAGUCUGUUUCUAUUACCGUGAAAGGACCUACAUUGUAACAGUAAAAAUCUUUCUGCUGUAGGUCGAUACACUGAAGGCAUUCGACUAACUUGGCAACGGUUGUAAUUACAGUGAAAAAGGAACACUGUAAAAUGAUCUGCUAUUCAUGUCUCUAGGUAGCUACGCUAAUGUUUGGUCAGCGAGUAUCCAGUUAUGUUUCUUUGUUUUAAUUGUUCUAAGGUGUAUCCUGCAAGGUCAUCCUACUCUCACCGUAGCCUGGUCCCAGAUCUGCAUGUCUGCUUUAGCUAACUCCUCCAGCAAGCUUGACCACUUUCGUCAGUGGAGUUGAUAAAAAAAAUUUUUUAAAUCAAAAUAAGAUCGGAUCAGGGACCAGGCUAUUUUUGCUCUCUUUACACAAUGUUCUGGUGAAGUAAUAAUUCUGAUUAAGGAUUGAUAAGCAUUUUCCCUUCAUGCUUUAGUAACUAAUUUGAUAUGAUGAUUUGUUAUGAUACACUGUGCUAGGAGGGCCUUAUGUUGUCAUCCUCCUUCAUCCAGUUGGGGACACGUGCUCUCCCAUCGGACUGGUACUCUUACUGCCUCCACUAUUGAGAUGUGCACUGUAGUGAAGCAUGACAAUGUAUCCCACUCGAUGGACUGUCAGCAUUUCCGGUUGUAGCACUGAUUUCUAUAACCAAGCAUGAACCUGGACUGCGAUUAUUGUUUGGGUUGUAGCACUAAUUUCUGUAACCUAGCACGUGUCUUGACUGCAAUGAGCAUUUAAUCUCCAGUAAGGUUGCAGUGUGCUGACACAAAAUGCAAAGAACCAUGCUAAUAGUUUAGCAAUAUUGGUUGAUAUUUAUGAUUACGAUUAUUCUGAAUUUACAACCUUUAGAUGGUAACUACCAUUAAUACAUUGAAUGAGAUGCAUACAAGCUUCAUAACAGCCAGGUGUUUCAUAUGUGCACUGUCCUUGGUUAGGUUAUUUCUGUGCUUGUGUCUAGAUAUUGCGAUGUGUUCAUUUUAUGAACUGUCUCUGAAAUGCUCUGGACUGUAUGUAUUUAUGCAAAACCUUGUGAUUUCUGUUUCAUUUUUCUUUUCAGUAUUUUUUUAUUUAUUUCCUGUUUGAGUAAAUCCUUUGUUUAUUAUC